UAUAUUAACUUAAAAACUCUUUAUCCACCUUUUGUUAUUCUCGCACGUCUCUCUGAUCUCCAUCGACCCAUAUUAAUUAAUUAAUUGCUGGAAUCAUCUUCGUCCACUACCUUUCGAUUUUCGCCAUGGAAGAUGCUAAUGUUGUUGAAACCAAGGAUGGAACCAUCUCUGUUGCAUCUGCUUUUGCUGGUCACCAAGAAGCUGUUCAGCACAGAGACCAUAAGUUUCUAAGGGAAGCAGUUGAAGAAGCAUAUAAAGGGGUAGAUAGUGGAGAUGGAGGUCCAUUUGGUGCUGUUGUUGUUCGGAAUGAUGAAGUAAUUGUUAGCUGUCAUAACAUGGUUCUACAUAACACUGACCCAACAGCACAUGCUGAAGUUACAGCAAUAAGAGAGGCAUGUAAAAAGCUGAAUCAGAUUGAGCUCUCGGAUUGUGAAAUAUAUGCUUCUUGUGAGCCUUGCCCAAUGUGCUUUGGUGCCAUCCAUCUUUCGAGAAUUAAGAGACUGGUUUACGGGGCGAAAGCUGAAGCUGCAAUAGCAAUUGGGUUCGACGAUUUCAUUGCGGAUGCUUUGAGGGGUACUGGGUUUUACCAAAAGGCUCAAUUGGAAAUCAAACAGGCAGAUGGGAAUGAGGCUCUGAUAGCAGAACAAGUGUUUGAGAAAACUAAAGCCAAGUUCGCAAUGUAUUGAUUGAUGAUGAUGAUGCAGCAGCAGCAGCUUAUUAAUUACACUGUGUGAGGGGCUUAUUAUUAAUUAAUGAAAUAUAAAUAUUGAUGGAGCAGAACACACACAUUGACCAACUUUAUUAUUAAUUAUGCCCUUUUAUUUGUUUCUUCUAUGUCUCUCAAUAAUGCUGUCUGUACUUACAUUUGCCACUUUAUAAUAAUGAUUUUAAUGAUGAAAAAUUGCUUGGAUGUUU